AUGUCGUCCUACAUAAUGAAUAAUCAAGAGUCUGAUGAAGAAGUGGAUCUUGAAGCUUUACGAUUAGCUGCCUUAAAAUCGAGAAAAGGCAAAUAUGCUCAUAGAGUUAAUCACAAUAAUUUAAUUCCCAUAGUUCCAGUUCCUAUUGAAAAUACUGAAGUAAUAGAAAAAAAAAUUAAAAAAGAAAAAUUAACUCCCCCGCCAGAAAAUAAACCAUUAGCACAAAAUACUAAAAUCAAUAAAGAAAAUGAAGAAGACAAACUGUCAUGUUUCUCCGGAAUCACAUUCGAAAAUGAUGGUGAUAUUUUAAGUGUUGAUGAUAAAGAAGAAGAAGAUAGUUUAGAAAGGUUAAUGGACCAACUUGAAGCGGAAAUAUCUGGAAAAGCUCCUUUGCCAUCUACGAAAACAGUGUUGUCAAAAAGUUCUAAUAAUUCUAAAAAAGAGUCAAAAAAUAGAACAGACAAAGUUAUUGCAGAUGGUGAUGAUGAAAUUGAGUUAGUGCAAGUUAAAACGGGAAAAGAACCUGGAGCGAUAAUCGAAAUUAGGGAAUCUAUUUCUCCGGAUAAUUUUUCAAAAAAUAGUAAUGCAACAAAACCUCCAUCAUCUCCAUAUGAAAAAAAUUCUGUAAGGAGGUCUAGGAGUCCUUUUAGAAGUAGAAGUAGAAGUCCUUUUUCUCUUAGUCGUAACCACAGGAGAUCAAGAAGCCCAUAUUGGUCAAAGAGUCCUUUAAGGUCUAGGAGUCCUUUUCGCAGAUCGAGAAGUCCAUUUUGGUCAUCUAGGCGUUCAAGAUCUUCUUCCAGAAAAUCUAGAAGUCCUUACAGGCGGUAUAGAAGUCCUAAUCGAAAACGUUCCCCUUACACUCGGUUUUCUAGAAGUAGGUCCAAAUCUUACGAACGUAGACGUUCCCCAUGGUCAUUUUCUCCCAGGCGAAGAUCAAAAUCUCCGCUUUUUCGCGAGGGAUCACCCUUUGCUCGACGCAGAAACUUCAAUUCUCCCAACGGAAGAAUAAGAAGAUCUUUUUCGCCAAGAGAGGGUAGUAGAUCACCCAGAAGAAGAUCACGAUCUCCUAGGCGCUUUAUUCGAAAUUCCCCAUUUCAUCGCUCAAAAUCACCAUUUAGAAGAUCUAAAUCGCCUUUAAGGCGUUCAUCUUCACCGUAUUUACAUCGUUCUAAAUCUCCAAUUAAUAAUAAAACCUCCCCACCUUAUAAAAGAAUCGGAAACAGGCGAUCUAAAACUCCCAUUCGCCGGGGAAUUUCUCCUGGAAGAAGACCGAAAUCUAGUGACCGAUCAUCACCCAAACGAAAAUCGAAAUCUCCGAUAAAGAAAGGUGUCAUCACGACAAGAAAAUCACCUAAGAGAAAAGAUGGAACCGAUGGUAGAAACUUUAGUUUUAGCACGUCUCCAACUCCUCGGAAAAAUCGAUCUCCUCUUAGAGUUGUGGAAAAAAAUAAAUUGGAAUCGACUGAAAGAAAUGAAAAAUCUAACGAGCGAGGAAAAAAUGAAAAACGACCCAGGAGUUUGUCGAGGGAAAACAGGAAAUACGAUCGGAGAUCUAACAUGAGAUCGAAAAAUUUUAGACGAAUUUCACCGAACAAAAAUGUAAAAUCUUCGGAUGUUUCCGGAAAAAGAAGCAAGAGUCCAAAACAAAAGUCAGGAUCUGAUGAGAAUGGCAAGGACGCGCAAAAUCAAGGUGCGAAAGAGACUGACUCUAAUGUCGUCACAUCGGCUCCUCCAUCGGAUUCCGUUUUGGAAGCUCGAAAGAAAAAAUUUGAAAGUUUAAAUGAAGUGGAUCCGACCGUUGACAAAAAAAUAUCCCUUAAAUCAAUUAAAGAAUCGAAUGAAAAUAAUGACGAAGAUGAGGAGGAUGCGUUGACCAUCAAUUUGGAGAGUAAUUUAUGGGAUGAUUCGGAAGAGAGCGGAGAUGAAUUCGAGAGUAGAUUUAAAUCCAGCGAUCCUAGGAAAAACAAUUCGUCGUCAGUUAACCGUACAGUAUUGUCUUUUAGGAAUUUGCGGGAAGGUGAUAAUGCGAGUCGGAAAAUUUUCCUCAAUAAACCUUUGACGCAGGAAAAUACCAACGAAAAAUCAAAUCGCGACGAUCGGAGAGAUAGAUGGCGUAGAAACAAUAAAAACGAUUCGCGAAAAUCAACAAAUAUGGAUGGUAAAAAAAGUAGAAAUGACAAUUUAGAUAAAAGUAGAGGGAAAAACAACAGCGGGGGAUUUUCUUCUUCUUCUUUAAAUUCCGGUGUGAGAGGAGAAAGGCGAACAGAUCGAAAACCAAUUUUCUGGUCGAAAAAGGAUGAAUUUAAAUCCGAGAAAAAUUUGAAAGACAACGAAGUGUCGACAACUCAAAGUGACUUAAAAAGUAACAAAUUAAAAAAAAAUAGUGAAAGUAAAAUUGUUGCGGAACAAAACGAUGGGGGAUUGACUCAAGAAACGGAUGAUUUUGACAAGUUAAUAAGUGAUUUCGAAAAAGAAUUAGAAAAUGACAUUUGUUUAACUCCGAAAAUUGCGAUUGAACAAACCGAACCUAGAAAAUCGAAAGUUUCCGUCAAAAGGGGAAAUUUUAUCGAGUCCAAAAGUACGACUGUUGAUACGAUACCUAAAAAGACAAUGCCCGCGAGAACGGUGAAAAUAAACGAAGCAAUAUCUAAAAAAACAGAAAAUAUUCUAGAAGAGCCACCAUUAGUGUCUUUUAUCGACGGUAAUAAUGAUAAAACAUUGCUGGACGGACCCGAAGACUAUAACGAAGAUGAUGAUUUUGUACUCGAAGUCUCUUCGAAGCAAAAGCCAAAGAAUAAAGGCGAAGACGAAGACAAUAAAAGCGAUUUGCGAACCGUUUUAAGUCGGAGAAGAAAUGAAAAGUUAAAAAAGGUUACGACCGUUCAAGAUAAUUCACGUUUAGUUCAAUCCGCCUUUCAGGGUUUAGGAAAUAAAAAAUUAAAACGACCCGAUCGCGAAAGUCAUGACACGAAUGAAAUGUUGUUCGACGAAAAAGGCACGGUUGUAGAAAAAAGGAGAGUCCUUCUUUUACACAGAGAUAAAAAUCUAGUCCCUGAAGUUAAACCGGAUACGACAAUAUAUCAGCGAUUCGCACGUCCACCCAACGCCCAAAUAAAGAAAAGAAAGUUGCUGAGGCAACAGGAUCCGAUGGAUGUGAUUGGGGAUCAAGAGGAGGAGGAGGAGGAGGAGGAAGAUGGAGGGAUUAUUAUUGGGGGAAGAUUCGAAGAAGUGGAAGAAGAGAAACAAUCGAGAAGGUUUCGUCUUAAAAGAAACGUUACAUUGAGUUCCCAGGAAGAGGAUUGA